AUGCGUCUCACGAGAACCGCUGCCUUGGGCAUCUCCCUGCACCUCGGGCUUGUUGCCGCACAAACCCAGGUCACCCUCAACCCUGGCACCACAUACCAGGUUAUUGAUGGAUUUGGCUUCUCUGAGGCCUUUGGCUUUGGUGGUGGGGUGGCCAAUGCUCCUUCCGCACAGAAGAGCCAGGCACUGAAUUACAUGUUCAGUGUCACUGAAGGAGCCGGCAUGACCAUUUUGCGUAAUCGUAUCGCGGCAGACGCCAAUGGAAGCAUUGAGCCCAACAGCCCCGGAUCACCAUCUGCCGCUCCAUCUUACAGGUCCCUCAAUGGUGACUCAAGCCAGGUCUUUUGGUCCCAACAGGCACGCGCGAUGGGCGUCAAGUACAUCUAUGCGGACGCCUGGAGUGCUCCCGGUUACAUGAAGACCAAUGACAAUUAUAUAAAUGGCGGCUACCUUUGCGGAGUCACUGGACACUCCUGCGCCUCGGGGGACUGGAGACAGGCCUAUGCCAACUAUCUUGUGCAAUACUUGAAGGAUUACGCGAGUCAAGGUAUCACCGUUGACUUUAUUGGCUUCCUCAAUGAGCCGGAAUAUGCACCGAGCUAUGACUCCAUGUUGUCCGAUGGCACUGAAGCCGCUUCUUUCAUUCCGAUUCUGCACGAGACUAUCCAGAAAGCUGGACUUUCCACCGGUAUUACCUGCUGUGAUGCCGAGGGUUGGAACGAUCAAGUAAAGUUUACUCAGCAACUCAUAUCCGCUGGUGCCACUCAGUACAUGUCUCGUAUCACGUCCCACUGGUACACCUCCAAGUGCAGCUCGCCCAUCAACACAAGCCUCAGGGUCUGGGAGACCGAGUACGCAGAUCUCGACAGUGCAUUCUCAACCACCUGGCACUCGAGCGGUGCGACUAAUGAAGGGUUCACCUGGGCUCAAUACAUCUACCAGGGGCUGGUGGAGUGUAAUCUGAGUGCCUUCCUGUACUGGAUUGGUGCGCAAUCCAACAGCAAUGCUGCUGCCCUGGUUACCCUCACUGGCUCAGGCUCAUCCACUAAAGUGAGCGCGUCUGGCUCUCUGUGGGCCUUUGCCAUGUACUCCCGCUACAUUCGACCGGAUGCUGUUCGUAUUGGUACCACUGGUGCCCCCGCGAACACCAAGGUCGCAUCCUUCAAGAACACGGACGGCUCCAUUGCCACGGUGAUGAUCAACACGGGUGGAAGCUCGCAGUCGGUUUCGCUGGGAGGAGGCUCGAUCUCUUCUGCCAAAGCUUACUAUAUGGAUAACACGGUCUCAUCACCGUCGAGCCUGUCCAUUACCUUGAGCGCCGGUAAUGUCAAGGCUACCCUUCCCGCCUAUUCGAUGGUUACCUUUGUCACUUCUGGCAGUGGUAGCAGCGGCGGAGAUGGCGGGUCCUCUGCUCCGACGACUUCAAACGUCCACACAACCACCAGCACAACUACCAGCGCGGGUGGCUCCGCUGGCACUGACGUUGCUCAACACUAUGGCCAAUGUGGAGGUCAAGGCUGGACUGGUCCCACAGUCUGCGCCAGCCCUUACACUUGCAAGGCACAGAACUCUUAUUACUCCCAGUGUCUGUAG